AAUCAGGACCGCGACGACAAAGAAGAAUGGGAGACGUGUGGGUCGAGGACCGAUUGUAUUUGCAGUAGCCGCGUCCGUCGAAGGAAUCAACUAACGAAACAUGGCUGCAGGUUGUUGUGGAACGAAAAAGCAAAAGCUGAACAAUUCGUCGAGUGUUCCUUGCAACGGAUCGGUGCUGCAAAAUGGCACGCAUUUAAGAAACGGUGUGAUUGUGAAGCCCGAAAUGGGAUUCUUUUGCUUCGAUGUCCUCUAUUGUCAGUUACAUCAACUUGACCCUCCAAAAUCACCUAACUUCAGUAACGAAGCAUUUCCAUUAUUUGUAACGUGGACCAUUGGGAAGGACAUGAGGUUGAGAGGUUGCAUUGGUACAUUUAAUGCAAUGCAAUUACACGCUGGUCUUAGGGAAUAUGCUACAACAAGUGCAUUCAAAGAUUCACGUUUUAAUCCUAUAACACGAGAAGAACUUCCACGCUUGCAUGUAAGUGUCUCCAUUUUGAGACACUUUGAGGAUGGUGUUGAUUAUUUAGAUUGGGAAGUAGGUGUUCAUGGAAUUCGUAUAGAGUUUCAUAAUGAAAAGGGCAAUAAAAGAACUGCUACCUAUUUACCUGAUGUUGCAACAGAACAAGGAUGGGACCAGAUACAAACAAUAGAUUCAUUGCUGCAUAAAGGGGGUUACAAAGGACAUGUUACCCCAGACAUUAGACGUAGUGUAAAAUUAACACGAUACCAGAGUGAGAAAAUUACUGUAAGCUAUCAGGACUAUAUGACACAUUGGCAUAGCCGGAGGUGCUAGCAGCUGGCUUGGGGCCCUAGCCAAGGACCCCAAUUAUCACAGAAUUCUAUUGCAGUUCACUAUAGUCCUAACACCUCUCAUACUUCUCAUUUACUAUAUAAUAGUUCUCAAUACAGUUCUUAUAUGGCCAGUCAAGAACACGGAGUAGUAAUGACACAACGUAACCAUCCUGCAUUUAUACAUCCUCUUCCAGUACCUCCUAUUUCCCCUGUUAUGGUACCUAUAUGGGAUUAUUCAUCAUUUUGGUGGGAUCAGACGGGUUCACCUUAUCCUCCUCCUCAUCCACACCUUUAUCCUCCCCCUCGGGUUCAUCGUUUUCCGUCGCAAGAAUCGGCCGAUCAUUCAAUUCGUAAACGAAAAUGACAUUGGAGACGGCUAUUGUUUACAAUUUUUCACUGUUUGAAAUGGUGCCUACUAUACUUUGUAUGUUUUUGCAUACAUAGUUUUCCCUUUAUGAUACCGCAAAGUUCUUCUUGAGAACGAUAGAAUUUGAUGUAUGAUGGCACUGUUUUGUUUCCUUGUUGAUCGUUAAUAAUUAUAUAAAUAAUUAUAAAGCAUGUAUGAAAAGUACAUUAACUUUGAACUUAAUAUUUAUAAUUAUUAACAAAGUUACACAUCAUCUAUUCAAAUUCGAAAUCCUGUACUAUAAUACAAUUAUUCAUUCUCUCAUGCUUUAAUACGUUCAUAAGUGAAACAACAUAAUUCAGUCCAUAAAUAGGAUGUAAAUGAAAUUAAAUUAACCCUGCCAUCAUACUCGUCAUAUGUCCAUGUAUAUUUAUGUCUGCAGUAUACGUAUGACAUAAACAACUACAUAGCACAGUGAUGCUGCCUGCAAUUCACUGCCUGCUUCACAAGAUUUAAUGUACAAAUUCAUGUGAAAAUACGUUUCUAUCAUUCAUAUAUCGUGAAAAACAAACAUAGAAUGUCAUUUUUAGAUCUGUGUAUGUACAUAAAUGAAGGAUAAAAGAAUAUAGAGUUUCUAUUGCUAGCAUUUCCACUGAUCUGUUAAUUCUUACAUAGCAUACAGUUGUUUGCAGCAUAAUUUUUGUGUUAUUACAUAUAUUUGCCAUAAAUGAUAAAAAAAUUUUCAUUUGAAUUGUCAUUAAUACGAAUUAAAUAAUUAAUAGAACAUAUAUUUUAAUGGAAGUUACUUAAAAACUUUAAGAUUACUGAUUUUUAUAUGAUCAUUCAUUUGUAAGACAUACACACACAAACAUGCAUUAAAUUCACUAAUUAAAAUUUCUUUGUACUAAUGGUAUAAAUAAAUGAUUUUUGUUAUAUUACCUUUAAAUGAUUAUUUGUGUGAUAUUGAAACAUUGAAAUCUAUCAAAAUAGGAAAUUUAUAAUAUAGUUUAAAAUUUGAUAGGUGAAUGAUUAUUUUUAUAUUAUAUUUCAUUUUUUUAAUACCAUUGCUACAUUGAAAUUUAAUAACUAUGGUUAUAUUAUAGUCCAGAGUUUUAUUACAGCAAAGGAUUCUUUCUGUCAGUUAAAGAUAUCGAUGUAUAAAUUAACUAUGUAAGUAAACAAGUUAAAUUAACAUCGGUUCAAAUUUCAAUACUUCUACUGUUUUAUGAUAUAAUAAGGUUUCAAUUUUUAAAAUGUAGAUAAUACUCUUUAAUACCUAUGUAUCAAUGCGAUGGAGAUUUUAUAGAAUGGGACCUCUACUGUAAAUAAGCAAUGGACUGCAUUAUGACUAUUAAAAUGCAUUCAUAAUAGUUUUUAAUAUAGCUGUAAGUAAAAAUGUGACGAUCUCAUUGUGAUUUUAAUUCUGUGACUCAGAAAAUACGAAUAGAAUUGCUAAUGCUUUGUAUAAAAUGCUUAUCUAAUUGCUCUAUUUUCAUUGAAACAAGGCAUAAUAUAAUAUAUUAAGGCAGUUUAAACUUUUGCAAUUUUAUCAUUUCAUUUUUAUUUAAUUACUUUGUGCACUGCCAAUUCAUGAAUUACUGUUUUUGUUGCUACAAAGAGACUUUAUUAAAAAAAAAAAAAAAAAAUACAAAAACAUUGAAAAUUUGAUUAAUUUAUAAUUAAUAUUUGUUGCUAGUAGAAUGUUUCAUCUGUUUUGUUUCUGACACUUAAUUAUGUACCGAAUAUCUUAUAACGUCCAAUAAACUGCCAGUUAUGUAGUAAAA